AGGUUGUUUUUUAAACUAAGAUUCUUUUAUCCCAUGUUUUGAGGCCAUAGUAAGAUGCAUGCUGAUUUGGACUGGGACUGGUGGGAGUGGCAAUCAAUUAUUACAGCAAUUACACAGACGUGAGGAGGACAACACAGGAUUUCAGGAGAGAGGGAGAGACACACGAAGGGAAAGAGUAACAGUGAGAGAGAGAUGCCUCUUAUAAAGCCAAGUCCUGUCUCUUUGGGUAGAAUUUGCGAGCAGUGAGACGGGCUGAGGGUCAGAAACAGAAGCCUGAAGAGUCAAUGACUGUCUCCAUAAUUCUCCUCAAUGGUGCAUCAGUGUAGCGGGACGCAGGCUGCUGAAGUUACUCUUUCUGCAGAGUCCCAGCUGUGUUGUGUGAGCAGGUGCAGGACAGCAGAGCAGACAUGAGGACCAGAGGCUGAGGCUCCGGUGAACUCCUCCAUUUGACUGUGAUUCAAUCUGUAGAGAUGACAUCUGCCACACCUCCUUCCUCUCGUAGCUCCUCCCCUCAGAAGGUGUGCCACUCCCAGACACAGACAGAUGUUUUGAAACCCUUACUGGGUGGCGGCGUAUCCGGUGCCGGCGGGACUCUGAGGAAGAGGAGGCGUGUCCUGUCCAAAGAUGGGCGUAGCAACGUACGCAUCGAGCAUGUCAGCGGGCGAAGUGCUCUGUACAUGCGUGACCUCUGGACAACAUUUCUGGACAUGCAGUGGCGCUACAAGUUGUUCUUGUUCACGGCUACGUUUGCAGGGACCUGGUUCCUGUUCGGGGUGCUGUGGUAUCUGUUGGCACUGGUGCAUGAAGACCUACUUGAAUUCGACCCUCCAUCAAAUCACACACCGUGUGUGAUGCAGGUGCAAACCCUGACAGGGGCUUUCCUCUUCUCCCUGGAGACCCAGACAACCAUUGGUUAUGGUUUUCGAUGCAUCACUGAGGAAUGUCCAGUCGCCAUCAUCCUCCUCAUCGUCCAGCUGGUCCUCACCAUGCUGAUGGAGAUCUUCAUCACCGGUACCUUCCUGGCCAAGAUCGCACGGCCAAAGAAGCGAGGGGAGACAGUGAAGUUUAGCCAGCAUGCUGUGGUGUCAACCCACGAAGGGCGACCCUGCCUGAUGAUAAGGGUGGCCAACAUGCGCAAGAGUCUCCUGCUCGGGUGUCAGGUGACUGGAAAACUGCUCCAGACUUCUCUGACCAAGGAAGGCGAGACCGUUCGUCUGGACCAGAGGAACGUGCCCUUUGAAGUAGACAUGUCCAGCGACAGCCCCUUCCUCAUCCUGCCCCUCACCUUCUAUCACAUCAUAGAUGAAAACAGCCCGCUGAGAGCCUGGGCAGCCAAGGGUGGGGGCUGGACAGAUCCUGAGUUGGCAGACUUUGAACUGUUGGUGAUCAUGAGUGCAACAGUUGAACCGACCUCCGCCACCUGCCAGGUGCGCACCUCCUACCUGCCGGAUGAGAUUCUGUGGGGUUAUGAGUUCCCCCCUGUAGUCUCUCUCUCCCCAUCAGGCAAAUACGUAGCGGACUUCGCCUUCUUCGACAAAGUGGCUAAGACAAAGACCACGCCCAUUUUCAAACCAUCCAGCUCCCAGCAUGGCCAGUACCAGAGCAACGGGGGCGGGACCGCCCCUGACGUGUCCGAUCCGGAAAAGGUCCGCCUCGAGCAGAGCUACAGGGAGAGAGGGGAGGAACGUGGCCGGGCCAGAGACACUCCUCUCAGUGUUCGCAUCAGCAACGUGUGAACAGAUGAAAUUAUUUGAGUUCAACGUCAGAAGCAAAUGAAAGAGAACAACAUAUCACCUUUUGAAAGGUGUCUAGGUUCUAGUAGCAAAAGAAAAUACAGAAAGCAAAACAUGAAAGACUGUGGACUGCUGUCUGGUCAAGCUCGUCAUGCAGUACUGUGAUGAUACGUGUUUUACACUGGGUUGAUUUUACUCAGAUUACAGCAUAACAAACUGCAGCUAUUACUAUAUACUACUGUAUAUAACUAAAUAAGAGCAGGUUAGAGGUACCACGUUACAACAAGACUACCCUUAUGAAGGGUUUAGUUUGUAAUUCAUUUAUUAAUUAGGUUGUGAACACUCUAUAAAUCAUCAAUAAGCUUUUAUAGAUAAACAGGGCAGCUGUGACCGGUUGCUUGCCAAAUAGUGAGCCCACAUUUAUCUUAACUGCUAAGCUUAACACUUAGAAACAUUGUACAGGCAACGCCGUAAGUACACAGAACAUGAUGUUUAACGUCUUAAAAAACAAUAAAUAGUGAAAGUUAUUUAAAAAUAUAUAUAUUAUUUGUAAUUAAAAGGACACUUUUGUCUACGUUGUUUACACGUUAAAAAACGUUCUGCUGGAGAUAAUUACAAUAAUUAAAGGUGUUAACAAUGUUAGUAAUUCAAAUUUUAAGUGGUUUAAAAUGUAAUAUCUGUUGCUUAUUUACAGUUUUCACCAAAUGUCAUGAAGACUUCAGAGUAAAAGGUCAACUCCACUACGACUCAUGUUUUCAUUGGACACGGUUUAACUUGGUGUUGAAUCAGAGUUGUUACACUCUGAGUGAGAACACUACAGUCUUAUUGUAAAGUGGUACUGAUUAUAUUUUAGCAGAGAAAAACACAAAGUGACAAAACAGGAUGUUGAGAGGUUAUAAAGGUUAAACCUUGGAAAAAACUAGACUAAUACACACUUGACUUGUGUAAUAUUUUAACCUUUUUCAUCUCCGUUUUUUCUAUCAUUAGUAUACAAAUCACCAAUGAGUAAUUCUGAGCCAGUAAAACAAAAAUCCCCACUCUAAACUCCCUCGCACAACACUGUCAUGAAAUCUUUAUAAAUAAAAAGAGAAAUACUUGAGAAUAGACACAAACACAAUACCAUUUACUGUAGUAGGUUAGGAAAAGCACAUUGUUAAGGUAAUGUAGCACAACUGUGAUAUAAGUUGAAUAUAAGUGAAGAUGCUCUGUAGCUGUUGAUGUGUGGGCAUUUAUUUUUGCUAUUGAAAGUUAGCACUUUAUGUAAGUACGUUUGCACCUUAGGAAGAUUAGCUUUGGAAUAUAUGAUUGUUAUAACUACUAAAAGCACUUACACAUUAAAUAUCUUGAGUUUUAAAGCAGGUAGAAAAAGACUUAUAUACUGUAUAUACAUGCCUCCUUCCUACAAAGCCAACUGGAAUAACAGUUUCUCUGUCUGAGGGAUUUGGAGUUAACUGAUAUGCAAAUGAGGUAAUGUUUUAAAGUAAUGGUAACACCUGGUGAAGGGGGGGGGAGGGGGAAUGAAACGUUGGGUUUGCAGACCAUUUGCAUAGCAGCCUCUAACACUCCAAUCCAAGGAAAACAAUGCAUUACAAGAAAGAAGUGGAGGGAAAAAUACUCCGGCUCUGGCGUGGUUUGCUGCUUAAUCCUUAUGGCCCUCAGACUCAACCUGUUUCAAUGUUCUUUCUUCCUCCUUUCUCCAGACUGAACACACCUUCCAAACAGAUCCCCUCCCCUUCUUUCCCAGGUCACGCCCCCCUACUCCUGUGAGGAAAAGCAUAACUAAGCACUAUUUAGAGGGAGACCACUACAUUUGUGGUAGUUUCACACAGCUGCUGCGCUCACAUGGAUGCCAAUUGUAGCAAAUGUUACCAUUAGCAUCGAGGAAGUUUGCCUUUCGUGGGAUUUGUGAGUUAGUAACAUUGUGAAACUAAUGGGAACCUUUUGUCCAAGCCUUCUCAUUUUUCAGUCUAAUCAACAAGAACAUGAGGGACCACCAGAG